AUGCCUGGUGUAGAAGCUGUGGUAAUCGGAGAAAAUAAAGAAUGCCUGGAAUGCAAUGAAGUUGGAGAACUUGCACUGAGAUCUCCAUCAAUGAUGGUGGGAUACUACGAUCAUAGCGACUUUUCCUUAAUACGCGUCUCACAUCAAGUUGCAUAUUUGAAUUUAUUUUACCAUUUCAUAAUCAACCCUGACGGCUGGCUCCACACUGGCGACUUGGCUCGCAUCGAUGAAGACGGAUUCGUCUACAUUGUUGGAAGAGUUAAGGACAUGAUAAAAGUACGAGGAUGGCAGGUGAAUCCCUACGAAAUCGAGGAAGCCAUAAAGGAGCACUUUGCCGAUGUCAAGGAUUGUGCUGUCGUUGGUGUCGAGUAUGGAGCCGAUGGUCAUCGUCCGAAAGCCUUUGUUGUCGGAGAUGUUGACAGAAACGAUAUCAUAAAUUUUGUCAAAGAGCGCUUCAUUUCCUACAAACAUCUAUGUGGAGUAGAAAUUUUGAAUGAGAUACCAAGGACACCAUCUGGGAAAAUCAUGCGAGCGAAGUUGUCAGGAUGUCUGAACCCAUUGUUAGGAUAA